AUGGCGGGUUUGUUGCUUUACGCUUUGGUGUUGUCAGCCGCCUCGUCGCUGGAUGCAAAGAACGACAUUCUUGAUUCCGCGACGGAAUCGUGGAUCACCGACGACGACUUUGCAAAGAUCGUCCGAUUCUCGCUACCAUUUUCCAGAUGCUGCAACGUUCUCUUCGAUGGCUCUAUGGGGGACACGGAAGUGCUGUUCAGGCAGUUCAGGAGUGUCUAUCCGUACGAGUACCUCUUGAAACAGAGCACCUACGAUUGCAACGGGUACCUUUUGCUGGGCUCGAGCGACGAGGAAAUUAGAAAAUCCUUGGACAAAAUACCAUCUCUAUUGUGGAACACGGAGAUCCUGAUCCUGGUGAAUAACAACGUUUCAAAUAAUUCCAGUCUGCUCGACUACUCUUCGUACGGAAUUGCAAAUGUGAUUAUCGUCUCUGUGUCCGGAAUAUGGAGGCUGUCGGAAAAUUAUUUAAAACCCCGAAUAUUCAAUAAGCAUGACAGGUACGACGGGCUGAAACACGAGUACGACAACUUCAAUUUUCGAGGCAGAGAAAUGCAAGUUUGCAGUGUGCACCGGCCUCCGUUCACGUUCUUCAAUCGCACAAUUAAUAAAGUAAUCAACGGCGUGCAAGCAAACGUUUUCGUUCAUGACACUGAUUUGCAAAGGGAUGGCAUUGAAAUGCAACUGUUCUUGAUCAUGGCGGAAAAAUUGAAUUUCACGUGGACGAUAAGAAAACCGGAAGGAAACACUCCAUAUGGAGAACGUUUCAACGCUACAGCAUGGGAUGGUGGAAUGAUAGGAAUGAUACACGAAAAGAAGGUAGACAUGGCGUUCGGCGGCAUCUGGAUAAUACACGAUCAAAACGAAUUCGUGCACCUCUCGGAACCAUGGUACCAAUUAGUCGUGAAUUUCUUGGUGCCCCGUCCGCGACCAAGAACAAGCUUCUGGGCGCUGACCAGGCCAUUUUCGGGCAAAGUUUGGUCCCUACUUGCGUCCCUGUUGCUUCUCCAGAGCCUGUACAUGUACGGCCGUGCACAGAUCGACUCGAAAUUUCCGAAACGUUUCCGGAAUUUCCUCGUUAGCCUGAUCGACCUAAUCGGUACCUUCCUGAGCAGCUCUGUGCCGCCAACCACGACAAACAACAAACUCGGGAUACUUCUCUGGCAGACCGCUGGAUGGUUAAUAAUUAGCGUUUAUUGCAGCAGCCUUGCGGCCAGGCUGGCAACUUUGGAAUAUGAAAACAGAAUCGAUACCACGGAGCAGUUCCUCGCGGCGAAUUUAACAUGGGGACGGAUAAAUCAGCCGCCGCCUUUUCGCGAUUAUUUCGACCUCACGGACGAUUACGCGGUGCAGCUACCGAAAAGGUUUCGAAAUUUAAAAAACGCCGAGGAACUUAAUAAACUCAUUACGGAUGGUAAUUUCGCGAUAUUAGGCAAGAUCGUUGACAACUGCUUCUUUCCUGACGACUCCAUACCUAAUGACAAGCUCAAGAAUUUCAGACUUAUGAGACAAUCGGUAGGACGCUUCUACGCAGCUGUAGCGAUCCAGCCUUGGCUUCUGAUGCCAGUGAACAGGAUGGUGUUGUUGUUGAAGCAAACGGGCAUUGCAAAUUGGCAUAUGCGCAACGUCAUCCGCAGACGCAGCAGCUAUAAUCUUCGGGACGUUUUCGUAGAGCACGAUGGUUACGACGGAAGUGUGCAGGUCCUCGGACUGAGGCCUCUGGCUGCUGGAUUUUCGUUGCUGGUCGUUGGCUCGUCGAUAGCUGCGCUCGUUUUUUAUUUGGAACUGAAACGCGCCGCUGGAUCGACUUCUAUUUACCGUGUUCUUCGAUCUAUAGCCGGUAAACGUAUCGAAAGGGGCUUAAAGAACCGUCCCUAA